GUUUCGCGAUGACCAUUGCUGCUGUUGUAGCGGUCGUACUUUUUCGCUUUCUUUAUAGCAAUGCUGACACUGCUGCAAACUGCACGUAUGAUGACAUUCGUGGCAGCUGGACGUACUACGUGGGACCCGGAGGUCACAACAACUCGCUAGAUUGUUCUCAUUUCGAUGUCUCUGAUGCACACGCACCAUUCACAGUGCAGCUGCUGUUUCCAAACAUUGCAUUCGACGACAAAUACAACUCCGGCUUUUGGACGAUGGUGUACAACCAAGGAUGUGAAGUCGUUAUCGACAACCGGAAGUAUUUCGCCUUCUCUGCAUACAAAGGAACUCAAAGCAUCUGCAACGAGACUUUGAGUGGAUGGAGCCACGAUGUAGAUGGCACAAACUGGUCGUGUUACGUUGGAGUGAAGCAAACUACUGUGGAUAUAGAAGCAAAGCCUGCAGGCAGACAGGCAAAAAAUUUGAAUGAUCUCUUUGUCAUUGAUAACAAUUAUAUUCAAGAGCUAAAUUCUGUUCAAUCAUUGUGGAAGGCUACUGUUUAUCCUGAGUUGAAAAAUGUUACAGUGAGGGAAGUUUUGUCUCGUUUGGGUGGCGUGAGGAAGUCAUUUGCUUCGAUUAAACCUGCUGAAGCAUCAGCCAAUGUCGUUGCGUUGGCAGCACAAUUGCCUCGUCACUUUGACUGGCGUAAUGUGAGUGGUGUCAACUAUGUGUCUCCAGUUGAGAAUCAAGGUAGUUGUGGCAGCUGUUAUGCAUUUGGGUCAUUGGGUAUGCUUGAAGCAAGAAUUAGAAUUCUUACAAAGAACAAGUUUCGACCCGUGUUCUCAGAGCAGGAUGUUGUUGAGUGUUCUCAAUAUUCUCAAGGAUGUGAAGGGGGAUUUCCUUAUCUUAUAGCUGGGAAAUAUGCUGAGGACUUUGGAGUGGUGGAGGAGCAUUGUAAUCCAUAUAAAGGAGAGGAUGGAAAAUGUCACACCAACAAAAACUGCACUCGUUAUUUUGCAACAAAGUAUCAGUAUGUCGGUGGUUUCUUUGGUGCUUGCAAUGUUCCAUUGAUGCAAAUGGAGUUAGUCAAGAACGGUCCUAUUGCAGUCACUUUUAAUGCUGGUGCUAGAUGUUUCAGUCUUUUGCAUUACAAAUCUGGGAUAUUUCAUGAGGUGAAGAUGCCCAUUAGUGACAAUUUUAUUUUUAAUCCCUGGGAAUUUACUAAUCAUGCCGUGUUGCUUGUUGGUUACGGGAGAGAUGAAGAGAAGAAAGAAGAUUAUUGGAUUGUAAAAAACAGCUGGGGAAAAACGUGGGGAGAAAAUGGCUACUUCAGGAUUCGUCGAGGGACAGACGAGUGUGCACUUGAAAGCAUGGCAAUGGUGAGCACACCAAUUUUGCCUUGAAGGGAUUAACAGCACACAUAUGUAUUGACGAGAUCUGUCUAACGCUGUAGAGUGUGUAGUGUAAUGAUGUUGGUAAAUGAGUGUAUUCUAUUAAGUUAACUAAUACAGUGAGCAAUAGGACCCGAA